CAUACCAAUGUCAACGUGACUUUGCAACAUCCUUGUUUGUUUCCAGCAACCUGUACAAACGCAACUCCGCUGAAAUAUGAGCCUCCCGACGCAAAAUAAGUCGGUUAAUAUUGUGAAAAACCGCGAUGAAGUUGUAACAACAUUAGCAAACUUAAUCAAACAAGUCUCCAAUGACCGCAUUCUGAAACAGGGAGUUUUUAAUGUCGGCGUUUCAGGUGGUUCAUUGGUCGGGUUCCUCAAAGAAGGUCUCCCUAAAAUCCAGACAGAUUUCAGCAAAUGGCGGAUUUUCUUCUGUGACGAGAGAGUUGUCCCUGAAGACAGCCCCGACUCGACUUACGGCCAGUACAAACAACUGAUGUCCGCGCUUAAUCUAAAGGAAAACCAAUUUAUUAGAAUCAAACAAGGAGUUUCUGCUGAAGAUGCAGCCGAGGAUUACGUCCACAAGGUGGCGCACCAUUUCUCUCAAGCUGCUAUUCCCAAAUUUGAUAUGUUACUAUUGGGAAUGGGGCCCGAUGGUCACACUUGUUCUCUAUUUCCGGGGCAUAAGUUAUUGGAAGAGAAGAGUAAAUGGGUUGCGGCUAUUACAGAUUCCCCUAAACCACCCCCAAGUAGAGUUACCCUUACUUUUCCGGUGAUCAACAACGCCCUCUAUUGCGUUUUUGCAGUUUGUGGUAAAGAAAAAGCAGAUAUGGUCAAGAGAAUUCUUGUUGAUAAGGAAGACUUGCCGGCUACUAGAGUUAAGCCUACUAGUGGAACUCUUGUCUGGAUCAUGGAUGAAGACGCAGGGAAGUAUUUAAGUGGACAUUAAUUUUACUGUUUUUAUUUUAUUUUUAUAUAAAUACAAUACAGAGGUAUAAUAAAUACCAGUUUAUUAAAA